GAGCGGCCAGGAAGAGAGAAUCCCUCUUGCUCACUCGGCGACACCACGUCCAUGUCCAGCUAGUGAGCCGCCAGCUUCGGCGCCUCGGUAGCAGAACAGAGCAGAGGAGCCACUGUUAUGGCGGUGCUCACGCUGGUGAUCUUCCGCCUCUCCAUCUCGGUCGUCGUCGUCUUUGCCGCCGCCGUCUUAGCACCGAAGCACGCCUCCGCGCUCACCCGCCACGACUUCCCCGAUGGGUUCGUCUUGGGCGCAGGCACCUCGGCUUACCAGGUCGAAGGCGCAGCUGCAGAGGAUGGAAGGAAGCCCUCCAUCUGGGACACCUUCACCCACCAAGGUUACUCGCCUGAUGGAUCCACAGCAGACGUUUCGGCAGAUCAGUACCAUCAUUACAAGGAAGAUGUAAAGCUUAUGCACGACAUGGGUCUGGACGCGUACAGAUUCUCCAUUGCUUGGCCCAGGCUUAUUCCAGAUGGAAGAGGACAGACCAACCCAAAGGGCUUGGAGUACUACAACAAUCUGAUAGAUGAGCUGAUACUGCACGGAAUACAGCCUCAUGUCACCAUCUACCAUUUUGAUCUUCCUCAGGUCCUGCAGGACGAGUACGGUGGUCUACUUAGCCCCAGAUUCAUCGAGGAUUACACUGCUUACGCGGGCGUGUGCUUCGAGAGUUUCGGUGACAGGGUGAAGCACUGGGUCACCGUCAACGAGCCAAACAUAGAACCCAUCGGCGGCUACGACACUGGCUCCCAACCGCCGCGCCGCUGCUCUUACCCAUUCGGGACAAACUGCAAGGGAGGAAAUUCUUCCACCGAGCCAUACAUAGUAGCUCACCAUCUCCUGCUUGCACACGCUUCAGCAGUGUCCCUGUAUAGAGAGAAGUACAAGGAAACUCAAGGAGGCCAGAUAGGAGUCACUCUGCUUGGAUGGUGGCAUGAGCCUGCUACUGACACAGCAAAGGAUGCAGCUGCUGCUAUGAGGAUGAAUGAAUUCCAUAUUGGAUGGUUUAUGCAUCCUUUGGUGUACGGAGACUACCCUCCGGUGAUGAGGAGAAGGGUGGGCGCUCGAUUGCCGGCACUGACGGCGCAUGAGUCGGAUAAGGUCCGUGGAGCGUUCGACUUCGUUGGCUUCAACCACUAUCUCAUUAUGCGGGUACGAUCCAUCGAGACCGGUUCCAGCCAGAACCCGGUGGAUUACUACGGCGAUGCGGCCGUUCAAAAUCCUUCGGAAGACAUAUCCAAGAGCAAGGUGGAGACUGCUCCAUGGUCUCUGAGGAAACUGCUGGAGCACCUGAAAUUGAGCUACGGGAACCCUCCGGUGUGGAUCCACGAAAAUGGAUACGCAGAUGCUGCUGCAGAUACUACAGGCAUCCUGAGCGAGGCCGACUACGACGACGACGAUAGAGCAGAGUUCCUGCAGGAUUAUGUGGAAGCCCUCUACCUCUCCAUACGGAACGGAUCGGACGCACGGGGAUACUUCGUGUGGUCCUUCCUGGACGUGUUCGAGUACCUGUUCGGCUACAGGCUGCGCUUCGGCUUGUGCGGCGUCGACAUGAGCGCCCAGGCGAGGACGAGGUACGUCAGGAACUCGGCCCGCUGGUACUCCGGAUUCCUCCAUGGCGGCAAGCUCCGGCCGGUUGCUCGCUCCCAGAAAUCCGACGUCGAAUGACACAAGAAAAAAAGACGGUCGCUGGCGUCAACUGGAGUAUGUUUCUUGUGUGCACACGGGGAACAUUUGUACCGGGUUGUUUGUGUUCUGGGCUCGUAGAAAAUACUUGUAGUUGUGGAAAAAAAUAUUACUUGUACUACUUUUUAUGGGGAAAAUGAUAGGUGUACGUGUGAAGGAAGUACUCUAUCGAUGUA